CAGCUGGUGCCAAGGUGCAGAGAGGGGAGGUGGGUCGUGGCCGGAAGGUCAGUCUGGACGGCCUCUCGGGGGGAUGGAGAUGGCCGCACUGAGUCUGAGAGGCCCGGAAGUGCAGGGCCGGGGGGCAAGAUGAUCGUAACCGAGCUGAGGAGGUCACGAGUGAGGCGGCUAGAGCGGAGGGACGACGCCCAGCAGAGGGAGGGCAGCGAGCCCUAUCAGGACCGCCCAGAGAGAGGUGGAUGCGGCCACGGAGGGAUCAGCGGCGACUUUAGGGAGACCCCGGGCCACGAAAGGCGGCCUGAGAACUCGCGGACGGGAGAGGGGAGAACCGCAGGAGGGGACGCUGGGAUUUUUAAGAUACAUGGGCAGGUCAUGUAGCCAAUGAAGAUGGGCCUUGUGGUGCUCGUCCGGAACCUGCUGCUCACCCUGUGCCUCUGCCUGGUGCUGGGCUUCAUGUACUAUGCCGCCUGGAAGCUGCACCUCCUCCGGUGGGAAGACCCCAAUUCAGGGGCUCUUACCUUUGACUCCGUUGGACGGACACUAGGCUCAGGAAGGAGACAGAGGAACAAUGUGGCCCUUGACUUUCCGUCUCUGCCGCCCUCAUGCCUUGCUGUGGACUCGGGACAAUCCAGAACCCAGAAAGCGAUGAUGGAGGCCCGGGGCCCGGCCCAGCCCAAGUAUGAUCGAUUGGGUUUUCUCCUGAAAUUGGACUCAAAACUGCCUGCAGAGUUAGCCACCAAGUAUGCCAACUUGUCAGACGGGGCUUGCAAGCCUGGCUACGCAUCCGCCCUGAUGACCGCCAUCUUCCCUAAAUUCUCCAGGCCCGCCCCCAUGUUCUUGGAUGACUCCUUCCGCAAGUGGGCGCGCAUCCGAGACUUCGUGCCACCCUUUGGAAUCAAAGGUCAAGAUAACCUGAUCAAAGCCAUCCUGUCAGCCACCAAAGAGUACCGCCUGACCCCUGCCCUGGACAGCCUCAGCUGCCGCCGCUGCAUCAUCAUAGGGAAUGGCGGCGUCCUCGCCAACAAGUCCUUGGGAGCACGGAUCGACGACUACGACAUUGUGGUCAGGCUGAACUCGGCUCCCGUGAAGGGCUUUGAGAAGGACGUUGGGGGCAAGACCACCCUGCGCAUCACGUACCCCGAGGGGGCCAUGCAGCGGCCGGAGGAGUACGAGAAGGACUCCCUCUUUGUCCUGGCCGGCUUCAAGUGGCAGGACUUCAAGUGGCUCAAGUACAUCGUCUACAAGGAGAAAGUGAGCGCUUCGGACGGCUUCUGGAAGUCAGUGGCCACGCGAGUGCCCAAGGAGCCUCCUGAGAUACGGAUCCUCAACCCCUACUUCAUCCAGGAGGCCGCCUUCAGCUUCAUUGGGCUUCCCUUCAACCAUGGCCUCAUGGGCCGGGGGAACAUCCCGACUCUGGGCACCGUGGCCGUCACCAUGGCCUUGCACAGCUGUGACCAGGUGGCGGUGGCCGGCUUUGGCUACGACAUGAGCUCGCCCAACGCCCCCCUGCACUACUACGAGUCUGUCCGCAUGGCGGCCAUCAAGGAGUCCUGGACCCACAACAUCCAGCGAGAGAAGGAGUUCCUUCGGAAGCUGGUGAAGGCCCACGUCAUCACCGACCUCACCAGUGGCAUCUGAAGGCCCAGGGCUUGGCGCUGGAAACCGCAACCUCCUCAGGAUGCCGGCCCGAGCUCUGAUGGAUGGACUAGGAGCCUCUGGAGGGCAAGUGCCAAGGGGCUGUGGGGCUGGAGCAGCUGCCCAGCCAAGGGCACCAAUGCCAGCCUCCACGCCCAGCUCCUUCCUCCCAGGCAGGACAUUGCUCCAGAAGAGCCCUUGCCUGGAACUGAGGAACCUUCCUGGGACUGGGGGGCUCUGCCUGGAACUGAGGAACCUUCCUGGGACUGGGGGGCUCUGCCUGGAACUGAGGAACCUUCCUGGGACUGGGGGGCUCUGCCUGGAACUGAGGAAUCUUCCUGGGACUGGGGGGCUCUGCUGGCCCUGAAAGGCCCUUCCUCAGUCUGAGACCUCCCUGGGAGUGAGGGGGGGCUGCCCAAUGCUGAGGGCCCUAGCUGGGACUAGGGGGCCCUGCCUGGCGGGCUGGCAGGGUCUGGCCUUGAGGGCUCUUGGGAAAGUCUCUUCCCUCAGUGUUGCUGUAUUUUAUUUUAUUUUGGGGAUGCAGAGUGGGUGGGGAGGGAGGGAAGGGGGAUAAUUUAUUUUUUAAAUAAGGCUGAAGACAUGAAGUCUGGUCAGUGUUUGGCAAGGAGAGGAAAGUUGGGAACGUCCCUGCGCUGCACCCGGGGGUGGGGGCAGGGAGCAGCGGGGGUCCGCGGAGUUGGGGGAGGGGUGUCUGCUUCUCCCAGACUGCCCCUGGCAGAAGGGGAGCCUUGGAGCCAGCCGCUGGAGGGGAGAGGGGGCAGAGCGGUGCACCCCUCUUCUCCCUCAUUCCCGGUGCUCCCUGAGCUCUCGGCAGCAGCGGCCUCUGCCUCCCUGGCACCUUGGGGCUCCGGGGCCCAGGCCCAUUCCAGUGCCCCCAAGCACCUCUAGCACCAAGGGUCUGGGGGGGCUGGGGCUGGGCUCCCUUGGGGCCUGGGUCUCUUCCUCACCUUUCCCCAGCAGGGUCUGAGGCCGGCCUGGUGCCCCCUGGGCACGGCAGAGCCGUCUGCCUGCCCCGAUCCUGUCUGGCUCUGGGGGAGCCUUUCACCAGCCCCUUCUUUUAGCCCAGCCCAACUCCCAGCCAGCAGGAACCUGCUCCGGGCCGUCUCCUCCCACCCUCAGCACGGCCAGGAGCCUCUGUGAGCCCUGCGGGGAGGCCGGCCCACUGACCUGGGCUAGCGGCCCUGCCAUGUCUCCCCCUCGGUCUUCCUGCCGCAAGGUCAGGCUCUCGUGGAAGCCAAGGUACGCCUUCUUGUGGGGUUUAGUAACGUGCAAACCCCCGUUCGGCUCUUCCAGAGAGACAGACCAGAAGGCCCCGGGGGCCCCGGGCGGAAGCUCUGCCGGCCCCGGCACCGGCCCCCCAAGCCCUGGUUGGAUCUCUCCAGGAGGUCCCACGGUCACAGCCAGAGCCCCCACACAGGGGGCUCCUCAGCCCCUCCCAGCAGGAGACCCCAAAGCAGGGCAGCCCCAGCUCCUUGUAGGGACUCCCGGGCUUGGGGAGACGGGGAAGCCUCUCCACGGGGCCUCAGAUUGUGGGGAAGGCACAGCAGCCAGACGGACCCUCGGCCUCUGCAGGGGCAGCCCAGAGGGACCCAAAUGGCCUGAAGACAGGCGGUCACAAGCAAUACUCCUCUCCUUUAGGAGCAUCGGGAAGGGUCAAGGCCGGCUGGCCCUUCCCCCCGGCAGAGCCCAGCCCAGCCCCAGGACCGGGGCCGCAUCCCAGAGUCCCUCAGCCCCGAGGAGGCCCCAGGGGGCAGAGCCUGGUCUGCUGGAGAUGGCUGGUCAGCCCCCCUCCCUCAGCAGGGAAGCCCCUCGCAGGGCUCUCAUACCUCUCUGGCACUGCCCAGCACGCAGUGGGCAUUCAUUCCCUUAGCCCUCAGGCGGCCAUAUUGCAGCACCGUCUCCCGAGGCAGCCUGGGAGUCUCUUGGAUGAGGCCCACUCCCAUGGGAGAAAGUGUCCCAGUGCCCAGAAGGAUGGACAUCCGAGCCUGGCUCGGUCACUUACCAGCUGUGCGACCAGUGGCCAGUCACCCUCUCUGAGCCUCAGUUUCCUCAUCUGAAAAAUGGGGAUAUUCAUAACACCUACCUCCCAGGGUUAUUGUGAGAUGAUAUUUAUAAAGCCCUUAGCACUGUGCCUGGCACAUAGUCGGAGCUUAAUAAAUGCUUGUUUCCAUCCUU